CGGACACCAUUUCCACGGUGGCCUUCCGCAGUACACGCCACCACCGAAGGUUCCGCUUCCUCUUGCGACGUUCAUCGAGGGCAUCCUGUACGGCUCGCGUAUGCUGGACUCCGAGGACACAGCCUUCUACACCGCGCUUUAUAUCAUCGGGAUCCUCAAGGGACACUUCAUCAUCCUUUUCAAUGACCUCGACGCCCAACCCCUGUCGUUCCACUACCUUUUCAUCACACCUUCGCAAUCGCCAUGAAGGUGUGCAUCGAUGAAUCGUGCACCGUCAAGACCAUGGCCGAGGCUUUCGCCCCAUCCAUCUGCACUCCAUUACAACUUACUGCGUACCAGGACAUGAUUCUGAAGCUGCUCGACGGCCACCUCAGCUUCGACAGCACCGUCUGCCAGAGCAUCGCAGCGAUGAAGGCCAAGGUUCCGAGGGAGUUCUCAGGCGAUGGUCCGUACCCAAUGUACGCGUUCCCACUGCCGGGUGUCCAGAAGUCCCUCGACCUUCCCAUACUUCUCCACAACGCGUUCUACCUUCCCCCGCCAGGAGUACCUGACUCGGUCAGGUAUGACAUCUUCCCCAAUUUUGCAGCGCCCGCUAUGGACCUCGUCAUGGAGCCAACCUUGCCCCCACACCUCAUGCCUCUAUGCCCCGCGACACCGUCUAUGCCCCCUGUUCCUCAGUAUCACAGUUAUUGGAUACCAUAG